AGGGGCUUGAGUGGGACUCACAUGGUUAGUCCGCCUGGAGCCGUUUGGUUAUUUAUGUUUCUCCCACGUCGUUGGAGAUGCAGAUAGUGAUGCAGCGUCAUGAGGAGGAGUGGUUCAACUGUAGGUGAAAAAGUUACUGAACUUGUCAAGCAUGUCAAUCAAGUGGAGACGUCAUGUCCAUAGUUAAUGGAGAAAAGUACACGAUUUCUCUUUGAGUGGGAUAAAAUUAAAAGCACGGCGGCCAAAUGUGAUUAGUGUCUUUUUGACGGUGAAGCGAUCUUCCAACACGGUGGGAUUUCCUUCGAUUAAGUUUAGUUACAUUUAGAUUUGUUUGUAAACUGAAACGUUUUAUGAUCUUCCUGCCUGGAGAUAGCCUUCGCCUUUGGGUUCAAACAAAGUAGAUUGUCAGUAGCACUGUGAACGGCAACCCGGUAAGAUGCGAAAUUUAAUCUCUCAGUUAGUGGUUUGUGCACUCCUCGUAUUAGAAACGAAACAAUCGCUUCCCAUUUGGGAUGUCAUGACCAACUGCAAGAUUCCAAAUGAGUUGGAGCCAGGGGUGUGCAAAAACCCUACUGAUUGCCCGGCGUUCUACGACAUCAAUGAUGUGAACAGCAUUGGAAACACAAGCCGGCUGAGUUUCGUUCGUCAACUUCAGUGCACCGGAAUGGCAGAUGGGAAAAUUUGCUGUCCGCGAAGUGGAUCGUACGCUGAUCCAUGGAUAAGCAUGGUAAACAUAACCAAAAGAGUGCGAACUAAACCCAUUACGGUGAGAAAGAGAAUAGGAACACAACCAGAAGUUCCAUGUGGCGCACCAGAUUUUACUGCACUGGUUAAUAGUGGAGAAAUUGCUAACAUUGAUGACUUUCCCUGGAUGGCUGUGUUAAUCUACGAGCAAGCAAUGGAUCCAGUUAUUCCUGGUUGCGGAGGAGCUUUGAUAAGUAAAACAUUUGUGGUAACAGCAGCGCACUGUCUGACGGGCUCUAUUAUUCGGAAGAAAGGAAAAUUGGCAGCCGUUCGUGUCGGUGAAUAUGAUUUGCUGAAUAAUCCAGACUGCAUUAUUGAGGGUCAAUUUCAAGAGUGCACUGAUGAAGUAGUCGAUGUGAAGCCAAAAACCAUCACCGUUCACCCACACUACAAUGAAAACACUGCAAGUCAACAUCAUGACAUCGGCCUAAUUGAGUUGGCCAAACCAGUUGAGUUCACAUCCUUUAUUCGCCACAUUUGCUUGCCAGAGCAGGGCAGUAGACAAACCGUGAAAAAAUUCAACGUCUGUGGUUGGGGACGAACGAAUUUCUUUAGCGCUGACAAAGGAAAUAACGUUCCAAGUCCUAUAAAAUUGAAAACAUCGCUACCUUACUUCGACCACGUGCAGUGUUCACAGAUUUAUCAACCACAGAGACUCCAACUCAUCGACGGCCAGAUUUGUGCAGGAGGACGCAGUGUCAGAGAUACUUGUUCCGGAGAUAGUGGAUCUCCAUUAAUGUAUUACGACGUGAAUAAAGGAGCUUGGAUUUUGUCCGGAUUGGUCAGCAUGGGCCCACUACACUGUGGAACUGUUGGAAUGCCAGGAAUCUACACCAAUGUUGGGGAAUAUGUGUCGUGGAUAAAAACUAUUGCUCAUCUGUAAUGCACGUAUAUUUAAGAACUUUAAUAAAUGAACUACGGAGAACCACUGUUAGUGUUA